AUGUCUUACGGUACACCUAAUUAUUCCGCACCACCGCCUGCUUACUCUUCUGUUCCUACGGCUGGAACUUCAACUGCGCGAGAUUUUGACGAAGACUUACCUGAAGAUUUCACGCAUAAGGUUUAUGUUCCCGUUAUUGAACAGGAUAUCGGUGUUCGUUUAGCCUUUAUGCGCAAAGUUUAUUCAAUAUUGUUUGCGCAAUUGUUUCUCUCUACUUUUACGGCUGGAUUUAUGAUUAAUAAUGAUAACUUGAAAAAUUGGGUUCAAACAAAUACUUGGGCUUUCUAUGUUGCACUUAUCGGAUCGUUUGUGUUUAUUUUUCUACUUGCGUGGAAACGUCGCUCUUAUCCACUUAAUUAUGUUUUUUUGACUGGAUUUACACUUUUAGAAAGUUAUACGGUUGGAACAGCUGUGACAUACUUUGACCAAAAGAUCGUUUUACAAGCUUUAAUCAUGACGACUGGUCUUUUUAUUGGACUCACUUUGUUCACUUUACAAUCUAAAUGGGAUUUUAGCGGAAUGGCUCCCUAUUUAUUUGGAUGUCUCUGGAUCGUAAUUAUCAUUGGAAUUGUUUCAAUAUUUUUCCCAUUUAAUAGAACAUUUGACUUAAUUUUAGCGAUUGGAACUGCCAUUUUAUUCUGUGGAUUUAUUAUUUAUGACACUUUCAACAUCAUGAACAGGUUAAGUCCAGAGGAAUAUAUCGUGGCAGCGGUUGAUCUUUACCUUGAUUUCAUCAAUUUGUUCUUGGCCAUUCUCAGGAUUUUGAAUGAUUUAAAUCGAGAUUAA